UCGUAUUCAUGCUGAUUUCUCUCUCUGCCAUUUUGGGCACUGCUGAAAAUUAUGGUGGAAGAAAAGCUUACAUUGUUCACAUCCUCAAGUCCAUGAAGCCCCAACACUUCGAUUCGCACCACCACUGGUAUGCUUCAAUGCUUGACCAGAUCGUGCAGUCCGAUCCCAGUGCAAAGGAGAUGUUAUAUACAUAUGACACUCUCCUGCACGGCUUUGCUGCGCGGCUGAGCAAAGCAGAGGCCCAGGCCAUGGAGGCUAUGGACGGGUGCUUGGCUGUCAUCCCCUCCUCCCUCAGUAAAAUUUCCACCACGCACACACCAGAGUUCCUGGGUCUCUCCUCCUCUGGAUUGUGGUCGCGCUACUCUACAUAUGGCAAAGAUAUCAUCGUGGGCAUGAUCGAUACAGGAAUAUGGCCUGAAAGCAAAAGCUUCAAGGAUGAAGGCCUUGGACCUGCUCCCACUGGAUGGAAAGGCGCGUGCGAAAGUGGGAGGGGCUUCGAUUCCUCCAACUGCAAUGGAAAAAUCAUCGGAGCUCGAUACUUCUCCAAAGGCUACGAAGCGCAGAACCCGACUCCGAUUAACGAGACCUUGGAAUACAAAUCUCCGAGAGACAACAAUGGGCAUGGUACUCAUACAGCAUCGACCGUGGCUGGCGCCGCAGUUUCUGGGAUCAGUUACUUUGGCUUUGCCAAUGGGACGGCGAGAGGGAUGGCCCCUCAAGCCAGACUGGCCAUCUACAAAGCCUGCUGGGCAGACGGUUGCUAUGAUACGGACACCGUUGCUGCCAUGGAACAAGCCAUUGCUGACGGCGUCGACAUCAUUUCUAUUUCAAUUGGGUCACGAGAUAGGGCAUUUUACAAUGAUAACAAGGAUAUUGCAGCAUUUGGGGCCAUCGAAAAGGGUGUCUUUGUUUCUGCCUCGGCAGGCAACGAUGGUCCUUCUUCGUCUACUCUUGGUAACGUGGCGCCCUGGAUUACUACUGUGGGUGCGAGCAGCAUCGAUAGAGAUUUCCCUGCAUCUGUUCUUUUGGGCAACAAAGAGAUGUACAAAGGCACUUCCACCUACACCCGAGUACAUGAUGCGACCUUGCAACGGCCUUUUCCAUUGUUCUAUGUAUCCACCAACAUCAGCACAAGAUAUUGCCUCUCUAGCAGCCUUGAACCUAAUUUGGUUAGGGGCAAAAUUGUGGUAUGUAAUCAAAUAUCUUCCUAUGAAGAAGUGGCGAGAGCAGGGGGUGCAGGAAUUAUUGGGGCAAAUGAAAGGCGUUACGGGUCACUACAGCGCAUUACUAACCCGAACACUCUGCCGGCUGUCAGCGUGAGUUUUACUACUGGAGAAAAAAUCAAAGCCUAUAUUAACAACACAGGGAGUAAUGCAACGGCUACCAUGAGUUUAAAAGGAUUGACAGUUUUGGGCAAGGAAACAACUGCUCCCAUGGUGGCCGCCUUUUCUUCAAGGGGGCCGAGUAAAGGGUAUCCGCAAGUUCUCAAGCCGGAUAUAAUUGCACCAGGUUUGAACAUAUUGGCCGCAUACACAAAAGUGUUGCCCUACAACAUCCUUUCAGGGACAUCUAUGUCGUGUCCUCACGUCAGCGGCAUAGCAGCGCUGGUAAAAGCCAUACAUCCUACAUGGAGCCCUGCCGCUAUCAAGUCCGCCCUCAUGACGUCAUCCUACUUGAUUGACAAUGCAGAGCAGCCAAUCAAGGAUUCAUUUACAGUGAGAGCAACCAAUCCCUUCGUAUUGGGCGCGGGUCACGUGGAUCCAAAUGCUGCUGUAGAUCCGGGGCUUGUGUACGACAUGGCACCUCAAGAUUACAUCACCUUCCUCUGCUCUCUAAACUACACCAAGCAACAAAUUGCUCUUCUCACAAAGAAGUCAGUUUCCUGUCCCAACUCCAGUUUGGAAGCCGGUGAUCUCAACUAUCCAUCCUUUUCCGUUGUGAUGAAAUCAGGGAGCAAGUCAUUUCAGGUCAAGAAGAGAACAGUGACAUAUGUGGGUAGAGAGGGUGAUGCAGUGUACCGAGUGAGCGUGAAUAAUCCUGCUGGCAUCACUAUAAGCGUGGAACCACAAACAUUAAAGUUCCGAAAGCCCUUGGAAACGGCCAGCUAUAGUGUAAAAUUGGAAGGCACAGUCGCUGCUGGUGGCGGCACAGCUUUUGGACAGAUAAUGUGGAAAUGUACCGAAGGAGGGUCACAGAUUGUGCGAAGCCCAGUUGCCGUAAACAUUGAAGCUUGACGGUGACUGUUUCAUCCUAUCAUUACAUAAUAUUAUAUAUUUAAAUGUACUCCAAGUACCACUUACAAUUUAGCUGGCCACAAAGAGCCCUUCUAAUAUGUAGUGGGAUGACAAUACUAUGUAUAUUAAC